AUGGGGGCUCGAAAUGCGUUGCUGCUGCUCGCGAUUGUGCCAUGCGUUUUGGCGAAUCGCGACGCGAAUCGCCUAUUCGAGGAUCUCAUCGCAGAUUAUAAUAAACUAGUGAGGCCGGUCAGCGAGAACGGCGAGACGCUUGUCGUGACGUUUAAGCUCAAAUUGAGUCAGCUUCUCGAUGUGCACGAGAAAAAUCAAAUUAUGACGACGAAUGUUUGGUUGCAACAUAGCUGGAUGGACUAUAAGCUACGAUGGGACCCGGCGGAUUACGGUGGCGUCGAUGUGCUCUAUGUGCCUUCCGACACGAUUUGGCUUCCCGACGUCGUCUUAUACAACAACGCCGAUGGCAAUUAUCAGGUGACAAUUAUGACAAAGGCGAAACUCACCUAUAAUGGAACUGUCGAAUGGGCGCCGCCGGCGAUUUACAAAAGCAUGUGCCAAAUCGACGUCGAAUUCUUUCCGUUCGAUCGCCAACAAUGCGAGAUGAAGUUCGGCUCGUGGACGUACGGCGGCCUCGAGGUCGACCUUCAACAUCGCGACAAGCACAUGGAGAAGGAGAUUGAGGAGAUCGUCGAGGGCGUCGACGGGCCGACAACAGAAAUCGUGUGGGUCGUCGAUGAGGGAAUUGAUUUAAGCGACUAUUAUCCAAGCGUCGAAUGGGACAUUCUCAAUGUUCCUGGAAAGCGGCACCUGAAACGAUAUCCGUGCUGCGAGAGUCCGUUCAUCGACAUCACCUACGAAAUCCAUCUUCGUCGGAAGACGCUCUUCUACACCGUCAAUCUCAUCUUCCCAUCCGUUGGAAUCAGCUUCCUCACCGCGUUGGUAUUCUACCUACCAUCCGACGGCGGCGAGAAAAUCUCGCUAUGCAUCUCGAUUCUCAUCUCGCUCACCGUGUUCUUUCUCCUCCUCGUUGAAAUCAUUCCGUCGACAUCGCUGGUGAUACCGCUCAUCGGCAAAUACCUUCUAUUCACCAUGGUUCUCGUCACGCUCUCCGUUGUGGUUACGGUAGUCACGCUGAAUGUGCAUUAUCGAUCGCCGACGACGCACACGAUGCCGAAUUGGAUGAAGAAGCUGUUCGUCGACAUUCUUCCCAAGUACCUCCUCAUGACGAGACCCCAUCCUCCAGGGCAUCAUAGUAAAGCUCGAAAUCCAAGAAUGUCGACAUUCAGCAUCGCCGGCAAUCAUGUUUCUCCACUUUUGAAUUCCGAUUUACUAUCACCUGGAAAUAAUAAUAUCAAAGAGGAAUCGUCAUUUUCUUCAAUACCAAGGGAGAACUCUCCAGUUCGAUCAGCCGUCGAAUCGGUGGCAUAUAUAGCUGAUCAUUUGAAAAAUGAGGAAGACGAUAAACAGGUCAUCGAAGAUUGGAAGUAUAUUUCAGUUGUUAUGGACCGAAUAUUUCUAAUAACUUUCACUUUUGCGUGUGCUUUCGGAACUGUUGUGAUUAUUGCGCGAGCGCCGUCGAUUUAUGACAACACGCCAGCGCUAGCCUAG